UCAGGCUUAAAGUCACCCCAUGUGAGGGGACCUAUUUCCUCUAGCCUCUGCUGUCUGAUGACACCAUCCAGGACCUGGGCAUCCAGGAGAGUCCCCAUUUCUUCUUUCCAAAGCUUUUGGCAGUGCUGGUUCCAACAUUUGGCAUAUCGGUCCUUGGUCCUUGACACUUCGGCGCUUAACGUGGGGCAGCAAGAAUGGUCCUUGGUCCUUGACACUUUGGCACUUAACAUGGGGCAGCAAGAACGAGAGACCCAGUGAGGGAUCUUAUUGGAAGAAGGAUCUGCUGAAAAUUCAGAAGUGAAACUAAGGUGAUCUCCGCGGGGAAUCUGCCGUUGAAAAAGGUGCCCUCAUCUGGGCCCCAGUCUCUGAAGAUCAUGAUGGCAUAUAUGAACCCGGGGCCUCACUAUUCGGUCAAUGCCUUGGCUCUGAGUGGCCCCAGUGUGGACCUGAUGCACCAGGCUGUCCCAUACUCAAGUGCCCCUAGGAAGCAGCGUCGGGAGCGGACCACGUUCACCAGAAGCCAGCUGGAGGAGCUGGAGGCCCUGUUCGCCAAGACCCAGUACCCGGAUGUGUAUGCACGUGAGGAGGUUGCUCUCAAGAUAAACCUGCCUGAAUCCAGGGUCCAGGUCUGGUUCAAGAAUCGCAGGGCAAAAUGCAGGCAGCAGCGACAACAGCAGAAACAGCAGCAGCAGCCUCCAGGGGGACAGGCCAAGGCUCGUCCUGCGAAAAGGAAGGCAGGCACAUCUCCCAGACCCUCUACAGAUGUUUGUACAGAUCCUUUGGGCAUCUCAGAUGCCUACAGCCCAUCUCUGCCUGGCCCCUCAGGCUCACCUACCACAGCAGUAGCCACUGUGUCCAUUUGGAGUCCAGCUUCAGAGUCUCCUUUGCCUGAGGCCCAGAGAGCUGGCCUAGUGGCCUCAGGGUCCUCUCUCACCCCAGCCCCUUAUGCCAUGACCUAUGCCCCUGCCUCUGCUUUCUGUUCUUCCCCUUCAGCUUAUGCAUCUCCAAGUUCCUACUUCAGUGGGUUGGAUCCCUACCUUUCUCCCAUGGUGCCCCAGCUAGGCGGUCCGGCUCUCAGCCCCCUCUCGGGCCCCUCUGUAGGGCCAUCCUUGGCCCAGUCUCCGACCUCCUUGUCAGGCCAGAGCUACAGCACCUACAGCCCUGUGGACAGCCUGGAAUUCAAGGACCCCACAGGUACCUGGAAAUUUACCUACAAUCCCAUGGACCCUCUGGACUACAAAGAUCAGAGUGCCUGGAAGUUUCAGAUCUUGUAGAAGAGGCUUUAUACUCCCACUUCCAGUGGAAUCACCCUCUGUGGACUCCAGCUGCCUCCUCCAGCUUAGAUUCCAGGAGAGCAGCCCUCAGCAGGCAACAGCAAGUAGCAGUCCUGCCAAAGGCUGUGAACAAUCCAGCUUCAGGUGUAGUCCUCCCUCAGCUCCAUGAGAGAGCUUAGCCCGUUUAUAGUCUACCCCAAGCAAUGAAAGAGACUUCUUCCUCUCUCAAGACAGCCCAGCAGCAACCAUGGUUGUGUCAUGGUGUGCAUAUCUGAUGCUUUCCCCCAGUCUUCAGUAAAGGUGCUGAGAACUUGCUCUGGAGAGAAAGGAAAUCUGUCUUGCAAGUGACUUGGAGAAUGUUUGGGUUAGAACUCGUGGUGCGCUAAGCCAGGUGUGGUGACUCAAUGUUCAUAAUCCCAGCAUGGAAGAAGUUGAGGCAGGAGGAUGGCUAGGAAUUUGAGGCCAGCAAAUCUGGCCUCAAAUCUGGACUGUGAAGUGAGACCUCUAAAUUCAUUUGGAAAAUUUAUACAGUUAAAGUUAAUAAACAUCAGGUUUACCUGGUAGGUUUAGGGGAUUGUUCAUUUGAGCAUGUAUAUAUGAUUUAAAUGUAUAUAUGAUCUAUGUGUCUGUAUGUAUUACAGGCAUGAGACACCAAACUGAGCUGGGAUGCUGCAGCUUGUAUUAAAAAAUUCAAAAGAAGCUUGAUGUAAAUAGUGGGGAGGACUUGAAAGAUAAGGUGCCCCAGGCAGAGGUUCCUAGGGUCAGAUUAAGGAAUUCCAGAUGCCUAUAGGAGUUGAAUCUCAAGAGGCUGGAAGUCCUAUUCAUGGGCAAGCCUGGGUAGAGGUCUUUUAGACAUCCAUAGAGUAUGUUCAAUAUUCUUUUUU